AUGCAACUAGCGGGCACAUAUCCCUUUACCAUCGACAAUAUUCUGGCCGCUAAAUCAACAGUCACGGAAUAUCCGUGCAACUACGACUAUGUACCCGCUCCGCAGUAUCUGAAUGGAGCUUACGAGCAUCCCGGCUACAGCGGCUAUCCAGGGUAUUACGCCGCUCCCGCACCGGCGCCGCUCGCCGCGCUGCAGGACCAUGAAACCGUUUACAGCGCCGCUUAUGGAUACCCCGGGUAUGGCGGUUAUGCCACCGGCUACGGACCAUUGACCUACCCUCAAAUCACGGAUCUGGGCACCUAUGAUUGUGGAAUUCAACAACAUAAUCUUGUUCCAGCAGCGGCUCCAUCGGUGCCCCGAGUGUCCAGUUCGGAACUAAACUACUUGGCUCAGAUUAUGAGCCGUCCUAAGCGGCACCGGGUUCGCACGGUAUUCACCGACAGCCAGACCGAGGAACUGGAGCUUCUUUUCGGCCGCAGUGACUAUCCCGUCCCCGAAGCACGGGAGCGCCUGGCGAGGAGAGUCGGGCUAUCGGAGGAGACCAUUCGGGUUUGGUUCAAAAACCGUCGCGCACGCAGAAAGCGACAAAGCUUGAAACCCAAGUCCCGCAAGACAGCGCACAAGACGACAAAGGAGUCCGACGACGCGUCUUCAGAAUCCGAAGAGUUGACGGUUUGA